AUGUCAGCAACCUACUACUCGAAUGUCCGAGUCCUCCCACACACACAACGCAAACCCCUCCGCUCCCCAAAUCGCGACAUCGCCUUCCGAACCCAAUACAUAACCCGCACAAAGACAACCCUCGUCCUCCGCCCCUACGGCAACCCCCACUCAGCCGUCGCCUACAAAAUAACAGAAGAGGACCACACCCCGCAAUUCACCGUCACCGGCCGCAAAUACACAGACCGCUCCUGUCGCGAGUUCCGCGAUGCAUCCGGCCUGCCGCUCUUCGAGCUUCAUCGCAAGUGGUCGUGGAGUAAUAGCUGGUCGGUUAGCUUGCCCGGGUGUGACACGGCGACGAUAGCGACGGGGGCGCCGCGGUGGACGCUGGGGAAUACGGCGUUUGGGAACUUUAAUCUUUCGUUUGAGAAUGCGGCGGCGUAUCCGGGGAAGAGUAAGGAGGAGAAGAUGAUGACGCUUAAUGUUGAGAGACAUGGGGGGAGGUUGGCGCUUUUUGAUGUCGUCGAUGGGGAUAGGAAGGUGGCGGAGAUUAGGGAGAGUAUUUGGCAUAAUGAGAAGUUGGCUUUGAUGUUGAUGUCGAGGUUGGGGUCGAGGCCUGCGCUGGAUAUUGUUGUUAUGCCGGGUGUUGAUGUUUCGUUGGUUGCGACUAUUGCGGUCAUUGUGUCGGAUUGGGUGUAUGGUUCGAGUUGA